GUCAUUAACAGAAUGACUACAAAAUACAUUGUACCGCACCAGAGGUGUUGUCUUCGAUAGCAGUUGUUGGUCACAAUGGAAGAGGAGAAAACAACCAAACGAUCUCCAAGAAAAGCUAAGAGAAAACAGUUUUUUGACAGUGGUGCUGUGUCUAAUAUAAAAGGAGAGAAAUUUAGAGCAUGCGAGAAAGCUGGCUGCCCAGCCUCGAGACCAACUUGCUGUGCAAGAUUUGAUGAAACCUGUGCUGGAUGUGGCUAUACUUCAAGAUGGUACCACAUGUCGGAUGGGGAGCAUUUCUGUAAUGCCUGUUUUGAUUACAUGUAUCGUAGCUGUAAAACUGGCUAUGAAACAUACACCAAAUGGAAACUAGAUUGGAGUUCUAUUGGGAAAAAAGAAGCAAACAUCAAGGUGUAUGUUUCAGAGAUGAUCAUGCCAUUCUGGGUCCAGUGCAAGUCAUGUUCAAAAUGGAGGGAAUUUCCAGGAAAGGAACUCACACCUGAUGAUAUACAAUCUUGGAAGUGUUCCUCACCAUCAGCUGUAGUAACAAACAAAGAGAAGGUACACUGCCAACUAAGUGAUCACUAUUUAAGGGUUCAAUCCUGCAAGUUGUAA